CCUGCAGCCCCUUUUCUUCAGCUCGUACUUCCAAACAUACAUUCAGCAUUCAGCUGGUGUCAUGUGCAUAUGUGGACAAAAUAAAGUAGGAUAAAAUGGUCCCGCACAAUUAAGGAGACACUGAUGCCAUAGAGAAAGGAGGCACCGCCAAGUUCCCUCCAUCUGGAGGCGGGAGGUGGACAGUUGUCAUCAGAAAAUGGCAACUGAACUCCAUGAAGCUAUUUGUAUGGCCAAGAAGGAGCGCCACAAAAACCUGUUCCUGAACUACAAGAACCUGAACAAUUUUCCGGUCGAGCUGCUGAAGGAUGAAGGCCUACAGUUUCUGGAGAGACUGUACAUGAAGAGGAACUCGCUCACGACGCUGCCUGACAGUCUUGCUCAGAAGCUCCCAAAUCUGAUUGAACUGUAUUUGCACUCAAACAACAUAGUCAUUAUUCCUGAAGCUAUUGGAAACCUGGCCAGACUGCAGUCAUUGGACCUGAGCAAUAACGUCCUUCAGUUCCUCUGUCCAGAGAUUGGCCGACUGAGAUCCCUACGGCACCUUAGGCUGUCCAAUAAUCUUCUGAAAUGCCUUCCUCCAGAGAUCGGGGAUCUGCAGGACCUGGAGACGCUGGACGUGUCGAUGAACCAGCUGAUUUCGCUCCCCGACCGGCUGCACCGCUGCACGUCGCUGCAGAAUCUGACAGCCGACCACAACCUGCUGGGACACGUUCCCCGGCAGCUCUGCUGGCUGCCCCGCCUCAACCAGCUCUCAAUGGCCGCUAACCGGCUGACCUUUCUCCCGCUCGAUAUGGGCCGAUCACGAGAGCUGCAGUUUGUGUUUGUGGACAACAACGUGGACCUGAAAGGCCUUCCCUCCUACCUGUAUAACAAAGUCAUCGGCUGCAGCGGGUGCGGCAUGUCCACCCACGGGCUGGAGGGCGACCAGAGGGAGCUACCGGGCGAGGCGUUGAGCGAGGUUCUGGUGGGGCUUCCGGCUGAAGUGAAGGUGGUGGGCUCCGAGGCAGAUGGCGUGAUCCCCCUGGAGGAGAUCGCCAUGAGAGCCCUGCACCGCAUCUACCGCCAGCCGGCGACAGACCUCAACUCGCUGCCUCCCAUCACUCCAUGCCUCCCCAAGAGCCUGCUGCACCUGCUGCAGUUCCCCCUGGGACACUGCCACCGCUGCAGUCAGACCAUGUUCACCAUCAUCUACCCCAAACUCUUCCCCCUCCGUGACACGGCGCUGGCAGGCGUGCACCGCAGGACAACGGUGAGUUUCGUGGCCUACUGCUGCUCCAGUCGCUGCCUUCGGACCUUUGACCUCCAGGGAUGACGCCGCUUCCUCUUCCCCGCCGCACACAGGAGCUGCCAAGCGGUUGUUUCCAGAAAGGUGGCGGCUCAUAGUUUGUGUGCAUCUUGGGGGACGGCGAGCUCUGCGCUUCACCGACGGUGUGAAGGAGAACCGCGCAAAAGAAGUUUGGAGGGUCGCACGACGUUUCAAGGCCGAGACUUUAACCUCCGGGAUUUUCCUGAAUCCAAACGACUGGGAGGGAAGCAAGAGUCUGUGUGUUCUGGGAGGUCGGAGUCAUAACACUGUGUGUGAAUAGUAAACUUACAGCAAUGGACCUAAAGUCACUAACAAAAGGACACAUCGUCAGAACAGCCACUGAUUGGUUCUGAUGAAAUCUGCUAUUUUUCACAGGUUUAUUGCACCAGACUCAUUAUUGCGUGUGGAGUCGUAUUCGAGGUUUUGACAUUUCUAGUACAGUUUGUUUUUACUGAUUAUCGAAGAAAAGAACGAGGCAGGCAAUGAGCAUCUAUUUCACAUGUGUCAUUUCCAGCAGGCACAGAGAAAACAUUUGAAAAUAUUAAUUUAUUCAUAGAUGUCCGUAAAACAAGCCAAGCAUUCAUCUCACGGAUUUGUGAAAAAAAACAUUUCCAGUGUCUCAUAUCGGACACGUAUCCUUUUUUUUUUUACGUGGCUGCUUUUGGAAAAGGAUUUGCUCUGUUACCAUGCUUUAAAAAACCGAAUGUUUUUAUCUUUACAUAAACCUCACUGUGGACUAAAAUAUCUAAAUAUAUGUGGCUUGACCCAACGGUCAGAGGUCACAGGGUUGCUCGUGUGUUCACGUCCAUCCCUGUGGUCUGAUUCUAAUGUAUCAUUUGUUUUUGAUUUUUUUUUGUGUUUGACAGUAAACGAUGACAACAACUUUC